AUGACCUAUUUUUGACCCGUGUUUUGCUCAUAUCUCUGUCAAAUGUCAAGGUAUCGAGCUGAAAAUUUUACCACAGCCUUCGCACUUCAGCCCCAAGAUAUGCUCCAAAUUUCAGCCCAUUUGUAUUGACCAGGGCUGAGACCGAUUUUUGAGGGGGAGGGGGGCUAUAAGUUAGCAAAUAGCGUAACCAUUGGCGCUUAAUGGCGCCAAUAGGAGCGUUGCUAUGGGCAUAAGAAUAAGGUGAAAAAAUGCAUAGAUUAUGUCGACACCAGAGAAAAGUUAAAGUCAAAUUAUAAGAUUUAUGUUGUCGGCAUAUUCAUUUAAUCUUAUGCAUAUAGCUGAAUUUUCUCGGCAAUCUGUUCACCUCAACAAAAGUAACCAGUGUUCUAAUGUUAUUCACUCACUUAAAAUAUGCGAGAUGAAUUAUGUUCUUAUUUAGUCGCCAUAUUCGCAAUUUUCAUGCUUAUACACGUUGUCGAAUUCAUAAACUCGUCAGAUCACAAUUUUUCUAUUGGUUUAUUACUGUACUGGUAUUAUUGAACACAAUCGUGUUAGCAUCUGAGCAUUAUCAACAACCACCUGCAUUGUCUUAUAUACAAGGUGGGAAAUUCGAAAAACUUUUUGAAAUCGAAGAAAAGCCAAGAAAUAAUUUUGAUUCAUUUUGGUCGGCAUUAGUUACCGUCUUUCAGAUUCUAACUGGUGAAGAUUGGAAUGAAGUUAUGUACACCGGAAUACGAGCACAUGGUGGUUUGAAUCUAUGGGGCACUCUUGCUUGUUUUUAUUUUAUAAUUCUGUUCGUAUGUGGAAAAUAUAUUGUGCUAAAUGUCUUUUUGGCCAUUGUCGUCGACAACUUGGCUGAAGCUCAGAAGCUAACAGAUGCAGAAGAAGAAGAGAAGAAACGAAAGGAAUUAGAUAAAGAAAAAAAACAGGAGAGAGAAGUAAAAACAAACGAUGACAUGAAGAUCAAUGAUCAAAAUGGCAAAGUUGGCAGUGUUGGAAAACAAUCGGGCGAGGCAUCAGUCAAUGAAACCGAAGAGAAUUUAGAAAAUAAAGAAGAAAAUGGAACACAAAAUGAUGAAAAUGAAUCAGAAGAACAAUUGGAAGGAGAAAAUAGAGAGACGAAAAAAGCUCGAUUUCGAAUAACUUGUCACAAAAUUUGUAGUCACAAAUGGUUCGAUUACUUUGUAUUCAUUUGUAUUCUAGUUUCAAGCAUAUCACUAGGUGCUGAAGAUCCAGUUGAUCCUGAAUCGACCAGAAAUAUGAUUCUAAAUUCAUGUGAUUACGUUUUCACGGCUGUUUUCACAGUUGAAAUAUGUUUAAAAGUCAUAUCCUAUGGUUUAAUCCUUCAUAAAGGCUCAGUUUGUCGUAAUCGGUUUAACAUCUUGGAUAUUCUGAUUGUUGCUGUUUCAUUAACUUCCAUGGUUAUCAAAGAUAGUGCUAUGUCUGUUGUAAAAAUACUUCGUCUACUGCGUGUUCAUCGCCCUUUACGUGGUAUUAAUAGAGCGAAAGGCUUAAAACAUGUUGUUCAAUGCGUUGGUGGUGCCAUUAGAACAAUUGGAAAUAUUAUGUUAUUGACAUUUUUACUUUUGUUUAUCUUUGCCUGCAUUGGAGUGCAGUUAUUCAGUGCAAGAAUUGGAAAAUUUUACUCGUGCAACGACAAAUCAAUGUUAACUAAAGCCGAUUGCAAGGGAGAUUAUUUGAGAAAAGUGGACAACAAAAUCUAUAAAUCUGCAAGAAAAUGGGAAAAUUCAAAAUUUCAUUUCGAUAGUGUAGCACAAGCUUUAUUAACAUUGUUUACCGUUGCCACUUUGGAAGGCUGGCCAGUGUAUGCUUUAGCCACAUUCUGUUUCUGUGCAUAUCAUUGUUUAUUUAAUUCUCUUCCUAGUGUAUUACAUAUGGCUGUUGAUUCAAAUAAAGAAAAUUAUGGCCCAAUAUACUAUCACCGACCAUUUGUCGCUAUAUUUUUCGUUGCAUUUAUUAUUGUUAUUGCUUUUUUCAUGGUUAAUGUAUUCGUCGGUUUUGUGAUUGUUACCUUUGUGACUAGUGAACAAGAAUAUAAAAAUUGUGAAUUAGAUAAGAAUCAGCGUAAAUGUGUUGAAUUUGCACUGAAAGCACGUCCAACAAAACAUUAUAUACCGGAAAAGUCACAAUUCAAGAUUUGGUGGAUUGUACAUUCGUCGCUAUUUGAAUACGCAAUAUUAGCACUGAUUAUGAUUAACACAGUUAUGUCAGCCAUGAAAUACUAUAAACAGCGAGACACAUACACAAAAGCACUUGAUUAUAUAAAUAUUGUAUUUACAGCUAUAUUUACAUUUGAAUCACUCUUGAAAAUGGCUGCGUUUAGUCUCAAAAACUAUUUUGGCGAUCCUUGGAAUGUUUAUGAUUUCGUUAUUGCCGUUGGUAGUCUUAUCGACAUUAUUUAUAGUUUUGUGAUUCACGUACGUAUAAUUAAGGAUUUCAUUUAUUCAUUUUCGUCGAAGGUGCCGGCAUUGCAAAAGUCGAGCGGAUCUUUUUACUUGUUACUUUCACCUUAAUCGUCAUAUAUGAUAUGUAAUAUGAAAUUAUGUUGGUCUAAUAACUUGGUCAAAUAAGUUACAGUCGGUUAACCAUUCGAUACACCGACGGUAUGUUAAAAAGUGGCCCAUGGGAUCCCAUUAGGAACUUGGAAAGUAGUCUCUUCGUACAUAUACAGCCAAUUUGAACUUUUUAAGAUGAAUAAAAAUCGCCACCAGAAAUCUCCCACUAUAUGUAAAAUGUUCUUCAAACUCGAUGAAACUUUCAGCGUUUAUUCAACUAUCCUUCGUAACUACUGGGAUAUAUUUGCUUUUCGAACAAGCUACACCCUUGGGCGGUGGAGGUGGCA